GAAGAAAAUGAGGGGGAGCCGGUUGAUCAUCUCCGCCUAAUAAAGACGGCGUAUACCAACAAGAAGACCGGCGAGAUUGAUGAUGGUGUUGUGAGGGAUGUGGUCACCCUCAUCGACAGUCAGAUGGAACAGGAAGUGUCUCAGCUUCAAACCGAGGAUGACGAUUCGACGGGAUCGACCGGCUUGCCUCGGGUUCGGAUCAACCAAAUCGUUGAAGCGUCGGUUCCAAAGAAGAAGGGCCGUUUGUUCGGUUUGGCUCGUCGGUCUCCCUCGGUUCCGUUUGCUUCUGCACCACCAUCGUCCUAUGUUGAUCAAGAAGUCCUUCUGAGUCAGAUGAGGGACAAGGAUGCUCGCAUAUCUGCGCUGGAGUCCAUGGUGGCGAGUCAAGAGGCGGGCUGGGAGGCACAGAGGAAGCUGAACGAGCAAAUGAUGGCGAUGAUGAGGAGCAUGAACCCGAACGCCAACGUCGACUUCCCGACCAUGCCAGAUCCGGACUUCCAAACCCCGUAG